GAGGAGCCCUUGGAAGCAGGUAGGGAGGCGUAUGGGUCAGCCGCAACCGUGGCUCAAGCGGCCACAAUCCUUGUUGCGCGUGAGGAAGCUCGUGGGUCUGAGCACCCACCAUCCUGCUCAGUUGCCUGAGGCUCGGCGGGGCGGGGCUGGUCGGCGGCCACCCCUGGAAUUGAGGGUACAGGGUCCUGGCCGUUUUGGCCAAGGCUCGGGAGGGAGCUCACCUCCCCUGCGGGAGGAAGAGACAGAGCCAGGCGGCUGAGCGUCAGGAUGGGACAGGCAGAGGUAGAUCUGGGGCCCAGGCAGCUGGCUCCGGGAAAGAGAAGAGGGAGGCGGGGGGAGGGGGGGAUCGUGGCAGUGCAGUGGAAAACGGUGCCAGGACCGGACGCUGCAUUUCCAGACUGCGAUGCUCCGCUGUGAGCACUGGAGCCGGAGGAAGGGACACCGCAGGCCCGCGGAAAGGCCCCAGGCUCCCGGCAGCACCACCAGGAGGGCGGCUGACCGGUGCCUUCACCUGCUGCAGGAAAAGUGUUUAUCCUAGAAUUAUCUGUCAGAAUAUCAGAGGCGUGGAUGGAACCAAGCGGUGUCUAGGCCUGAAAGGUCGCACGGUCUCCCCUUGCACAUGCUCUGAGGACGCUGCCGAGGCCACCGCACCGAAGGGCAGGCAGGGUCCACCCGGGAGGAGCUGGACACGCGCGCCAAGGGUCCCGCCUGACGGAGGGACGCACCGGCUCCCUGCCCUCGAGGCUGGGGCUGGCGGCGAGGAGUAGCUCAGAGUUGGGCAGCCGGGUCGCCCUGCCGUGAGGACCUGCCUCCAGAGGAGACUGCAGUACUUACGUGCAAAUAAAACCGAACAGCGUCGGAAACCUGGAAACCGGUGUUUCCAAAAGACCCCAGUCCCCUGCGACGGAUUCUGUCCCCUGCGGCAAUGCGUAGGAUCUGGUCCCCCGGCCGGUGGUGGCUGGAACUAGACAGGGUACCGGUGGAGGGUGCCGAGGGUUCUGGGACUGGCCUUUCAGCACUGGCCGGUGGGGUCAGCUGUUGAUGGAGUGUGAGGAGCGGAACAGGGGAGUGGAGACCGCUCUUGGGAGAAGCUGGGUGGCGUCAGGAGGAGCUGGGCCCCUCAGGUCGCUUCAGUUGGCCGCGGGGUGUCCGUGAAAGUGUGUGAGUGGGAGCAGAGCAAUUUGCCUCCUCUACGUGCUGCUUACAAAGGUACCGUAACAUCUCUAGAAGUUUCCUCCCGGCACCCUUGCCCCAGCCGUGCGGCUGCUGCCCCGUCUGUGUCCCACCGGCUCCAGGCAGGGCGGGCGCUUCUCCGCUCGUGCUUUCCUGGGAAGCUGGCGCCACUAACCACGGAGCAGGGUCCACAGAAGGGAGGGCAGGUGGCAUCUGUGGCCACAGUCACGGCCCCAUGCCUGAUUGGCGGGGCUUGGUGGGGCCGAGCUAGGGCCUUGCAGGGGCUGCACCUGCCGCUGUGGGACACCGCUGGUGCGGAUGUGUGCGUGGUCCCGGGAUGGAUCCUCGCGCAGCGGGGACGACGCGCCAGGACUCACGGCAGCUCCCGUGCUGGCGGGGGCGGGGGGGGGCAGGCAGCUCUGGGAAUUCCAAAUCUUCACGGGACAGGAUGAGCGGGAAGCGGGUUUUUCAGGAGGAGGUAAGCCUCUGAGCGACAGGCUUGGCAGGGAGCCGUCAGGUGAGUGCGCGUCCUGGGUCCACUGUGGGUCAGGUCGUGGCUCCUGUGCACGGUGGCUCUGCCCUGACCGCCAGCAUCUGGAUCACCUAACCGGCCACGGGACGUGCCACAUGUGCCACACGUGUGGGCUGCAGAGGUAAUUCAGACUUUUCUGGUAGCCACAUCAAAAGAACAGGUGAAAUUAAUUUCAGGAUUAUGGCGGACUUGACUCAGUGUGCCCAAAGUACUGUGCUUUGAACAUGUGAUUAACGGGAAAAUGAGACAUUUUUACAUUCUUUGUUGGAUGGAGAACUUUGACAUCUGGCGCGUCUCACACUUGGACCGGCCUUCCUACGGCUGCGGCCGUGUCCGUGCUUAGUGCCCACGUGGGCCUGGUCGCCGCCGCCGCCUCUGCUUGGCCUGACCGGCCCUCCCCCCACCUCCUCCUUGGGCACGUGCUGCAGGGAGGGCCACCAGGAGAGGGGCUCUGUCCUGGUGCCCCGUGUCCCCUGCUCCAGUCCGUGGCUCUGUCUCUGUGCUGCGUCUGACUGGUCAAAGCAGCAGGGCCUCGAGCAUCCUCGAGAGGGGCUGCCCGCGAGUUUGGGGACCAGCCUGCGGUCACACUGAGGGGGUGCAUGAGCCAUGCCCCAGAGCUUGCGGGUGGCCAGAGGUGUGGAUGCCGGGGUGUUCGUUCAGAGCUCUGGGGCACCGUCCCCCAUCUUUCCUUGGGAAGAAAAGGAAACUUCCCUCUUGAAACUGACCCUGCUCGGUCUGCCCUGGAGGAGGGGGCCCCGCGGCUCCCUGCGGCCCUGACCUCAUCUCCGUGUUGGGAUACGAGUGGCCCGGCCCCUCGGGAUGUGGCCUUGCCUCCUCGUGGCAGCCGAGUCUGAAGUCACAGUUCUGUCAGUCCCAAAUAGGUGAUGUAAAUAGAAGGGUCCGGAUGUCUGGCUUGCCUCCCUCAUGGCGUCCUGCCAGGAGCUGGCCCUGGGUGGACAGACAUCCCGUGUCCGUGGGGACAGCAUGUUUGUGGCGAGUGAAGCCAGUAGCAACGGUGUCUCGGCCCCACCCGGCCCUCCCCGCCGGCCCGUGGCCCAAGCGGGAGCGGCUUUGCAGAUCUUCCGAGGGGCUAGAGCCGUCCUGUCGACCGAGGCGAUGUGCGAGGAGGGGCGGGCGGGCAUCCGCGGAAGGUCUGCGUGACGCCCGGCCUUGAAUGACAGUGCUGCCUGGGUCGGGGGCCCAGCUCCCUCCAAGAGAGUCCUGGGGCUGCUGAGGUCUGCUGCUCUGGAACAACCACCCCCCCCACCCCCCGCCUGCUGUUCUGGAGGGAGAGCCCCGCUCAUUGGCCCGGGGGGUCUGGAAGCCGUCACGGCGCCCCUCCCCUGGCACGUCUACUGGCCUCUCCGUCAGAUCCCCACAUGGGAAUGGGAAUCCGAUCCCUCUGGAGGAGCUGCACAUCAAAGCCGGGCUGGCGUUUGAUGUCCAGGGGCCUUGAGGGCACAGAGAUGAGCAGGCCUUCCCCGGGCACCGUUCCUGUUCCGCUCCGCUCAUCCGUCCCCACCACAACGUCAGGUGCCAGAGGAAGGUCCUGGAGACGGCAUGCCUGGCCAGGGCUCCUGAAGGAGCAGCGAGGGCCCACUCGGACCUGGUGGGUGUCGGCCCAGCCAGCGUGUGGCCAGUUUUCUGAGUCCAGGUGGUCCGGGACCCCAUGUCCCCACUCGCCCUUGCUGGCCCUGGGGUCUGGUUUGCUGGAACGCACCGUCCUUGGCUGAGGUCCCUUCGCUUUCCCUGUCUUGUCUUCAGUAAGAAAAGUGCAUGAGCUGGCCGGGGGACGUCACCGACACUUUUGGGGUCCUAUAUUUUUCUGAGGCCUGGGCUCACUGAGUCUUGGGCCAGUCCCAGGUCUGUAGGGGUGCUCCCUGGCCCUGCUGUGCACGUGAGAUUACACCUUUUGUGGCCAGCCCCCUGCGUGACUCUGGUUGAGGCUGGCAGCCUCCUCUGGGGACCAGCUUCUUCACAGCUGUGGGUGUGGGGAGAGCACGGGUGAACUCCGUGGGGGCUAAUGGGCCUCCCACCUUCCUUUGGGGACGUUGGGAGGGCUGGUCAGGCUUGUGCAGGGACUCCUCCAGGGGUCCCAACAUCUAGCUCUGGACUGUGGGUCCCAGCUCUGGGCAACAGGCAGAGGAAAGCAAACAGGAGGAACAGAGAGAAAAAACCCACCCAGAGGAUGGGAUCAUGGGUCUUGGGGACGGUCCUAGGCAGCCGUGCCGUGCGCUCAGAGUGUCCGUGUGCGGCUGGAGGCCCUGCUGCUUGUGGUCACCAGCUCAGCUGCCGAGUCGUCUCGGCCGAGCCUGCAUGUGAAGCCCUGAGCCCUGGUAGGGCCGUGCAGCCUGGCCUGACGUCAUCCCAGGCCUCCCGCUCUGGCGGGCCCUGCCCCUCCGACUCGCCCUUCUCAUGGGAGAGGGCCUGGACAGGACACCGCAGGCGUGGUCUCCAGUGGGUGUCUGUGAGGGCUUAUUUCAGUGACGUGUAGGAGACGCGCUUUGCCGCCUGCAGUGGGAGGGCUCCAAAGCCAGGCCUCAGCCUGCCCGCUUGCCCCCUGACCUCCCCGGUCAGCACAGGGCCCCUAGCACAGGUGGUGGUGCACAGGUGCGUGGGGGGGGUGGGGGGGUGGGGGCAGCAUGUGUGUGUCCUGCUGUCCUGUGAGCGCGUGCAGCUGUGCUUCCUGGGGCCUGUUCCCUCCCGUGUGCGGGUCCCGUUUACGUCAGUGGCUCGGUCUGGUGCAGGGAGUGCCUGGAGCAGCCGAGCGAGGCGAGCCCGGUCUGUGUGUACAUGCGGGACGAGGUGACCGGCAGAGCCUCCUUGCAGAGCACGACGCUCAAGUCUCUAGGUCUCACCGGGGGCAGCGCCAUCAUCAGGUUCGCCAUGAAGCGACGCAGUCAGGAGCCUGGGGUCUCCCGGACCAAGACCCCAGGGAGCCCGGCCCCCUCCCUGUCGGCCGACCAGGCCACCGGCGGCCCUCUGCUCCCGCUGAAUUCGGUGGGGCUCAGCCAGGGUGACGUGAGCCAUCAGGAUGAAGUGGGCACCUCGGGGGCCAGCCGCGUGGACGCUCCAGCGAAGCAGAUCUCGAAGGAGCCUGCCCCCGCCCCCUUUGUUCCUUUCUCAGGUGGGGGACGGCGACUGGGGGGCUCGUCCGGGUCUGCCAGGUCUCUGACGUCGCCCUCAGCCAAACCGCCGAAGUCCUUCUCCGGCCCGGGAGGCCCCUCCAAGCCGAAGAAGUCGAGGCCUGGCCAGGAGCCCGGGUCAGAGCCGGAGCCGCCGGUGGAUCGGGACCCCGUGGUGUGCCACCCGGACCUGGGAGAGCUGCUCCAGGCUUGCCCUGCGGAGCUGCCGGAUGAGUUCUUCGAGGUGACCGUGGACGACGUGAGGAGGCGCCUGGCCCAGCUCAGGAGCGAGCGGAAGCGCCUGGAGGAAGCGCCCUUAGUGACCAAGGCUUUCAGGGAGGCUCAGAAGAGGGAGAAGCUGGAGCGGUACCCCAAGGUGGUCCUGAGGGUCCUGUUCCCUGACCGCUACAUCCUGCAGGGCUUUUUCCGCCCUAAUGAGACAGUGGGGGAUCUGCGGGACUUCGUGAGAAGCCACCUGGGGAAUCCUGAGCUGCCAUUCUAUUUGUUCAUCACUCCUCCAAAAACCAUCCUGGAUGACCACAGGCUGACCCUCUUUCAGGCAGAUCUCUUCCCUGCUGCCCUCGUGCACUUUGGAGCUGAGGAACCAACAGGCCUCUUCCUGGAGCCCAGGCUGCUGGAACGCACCGUCUCCCCGUCUGCGGCUGACUUGCUGGUGGCCAGGUGCAUGCCCAGGGCUGCUGGGGCCCCGCCCCCGAUGCCAGCCCCUGACCCUGCACCCCGUGACUUGGAGCCAACGGCUGAGGCGGGGGCGGUGGGGCUCCCUGAAUCCCGCCCCGAGACGGCCCAGCCGGUCAAGAGGGAUCUGGGCAAGGUGCCCAAGUGGCUGAAGCUGCCAGAAAGGGACCCCACCGCGCCCUGCCUGCAGCUCCCCACCCUGGGCUCAUCGAUUCUGCAGCCGGUCUGGACCCGCGUGGACCUGGGGGAUGCCGCUUGCCGGGACCUCACUCUUGUGAACAGAGGCACAGACAGGUGUCCUCCCUGACCGCCGACUUGACCUCACUGACACCGUUAAUUACCCCUCCUGUGAGGACUCCAGCGGCCCCAGGCGUUCGUUGCCUGGCCGCCUGUCUGAGCGCAGUGGCCGCAGGGCACAGGCUCCCGCCAGCCUCCUCUUCGGGUCUAAUCACUUCCACAUGCUCCCGGCUCUUUGAAGCCCCUAACACUCCCUGAGGAGAGGGGUGGGAGAGGAAAGUUGGGGGGCCAGCAUGGGAAGGGGUGCAGGAGGGAGCCAGCGGGGCUAAAUUAGGGAGGACAGGCUUACUGUCCGGCCCAGGCCCUCCUCAGGUGCGGGCUGCCCGCAAAGGCGCAGAUCUGCGUGGCAGGCAGGGUGGCUGUUGUCCCUCCCCAGGGGACACCCUGCAGCUCAGGUGUGGGAGCCCCAGGGAGGUGGGUGCCGUGGGGUGGCCAGGCCCCCGAGCGCCCGGGGGGCAGCCGCACCACCCAGACCGGCUCUGGACAGGUCCCAUGCAGCUCGGGUCUCCGGUGGGGCACGGCCUGAGGCCACGGAGCCGCCCUGACCUAGCUCCAGGUCCCUCCUGCCAGCAGACCCUGUCCACAGCAACAUUGCUGGGCCGUGGCAGCCCCACAGCCACGCACCCCGUGGCGGGAGCACCGUCCGGCAAGCGGCCACAUGCGUGAGGGCUCGGAUUUCACUGCCCCUCGCUGUGGCCCGCA